AUGGCGUCUUCUGAGGAUCCCGUACAUCCUUUGCGCAUUAGCAAAGGCAGCAGCACUCCGGGAUCUCCCCCUCCUACCAAGGCCAGCACUGGCAUACCUCGCCCCCUUUCCGAGCUCUCUCCUUCAGACCUCAGGCGGAACUCACCGAGCUUCAAGCAGCCCUCCAAGAAAAUGACCCUCAACACCGACUCCUCUCCAUUCCAGUCGUCCCCACUAGAGACUACUACGUCUCCCAGACUGUUUUGGCAGAAGCGCAACCUGGACUCCAUCAGCACUGAGAACAGCGGAUUAUACGGCGGCGCACGUCACGGCUCGCCUUCGCCAACCCGACGCACUUCCAUCGAACGUCUCCAAAGAGCCUCUCGAGUCAAGAACAGCAACAUUCUCGCUCUCGAGCAGAAGCAGGAAUACGAUCCCACAAGAGUCCCCCAAAUUGAGCGUCCUCUCGCUAAGCAUUCCGGACCCUCAUAUGACGGAACGACAACAAUCAUCAAUGGCCUACGAUCUUCUGAUUCUCUGAACAGAGGCAUCGGCCACCAGCGCAACAACAGCAGCAGGUCGAGCAUCCCCAUCUUCAGCCCGACAACGAGCCCUACCAAGGGUUCUACACCAAUGCAAAUUAACCCUGCGAACCCGCCGCGCAGCCCGGGCAAGGACCAAGGGUCCCCUAUCAAGUCUUCCCUUUCGAGAAGCAACUUCAAGAGCAGCUUCGACCCCGAGACUGGCACCUGGUCGGCCGACACUUCUUUUGACGAUCGCGAGCUUCCUUCUGGAAAGUCGCUUCAUCGCCACGCCAAGAGCGUCACCUUUGACGCGGCUCCACCUCAAAUCAACGAAUAUGAGAUGGCCACGCCGGACAUUUCUUCCAUAGGAUCCAACUCGCGCGAGGGCAGCUUCGACUCCAUGGAUGACGAGGACGACGAGGACGGACACUACCACUUUGGAGAUCACGAUAUGGAGGGUGACAGCUUCGAUGCGUCGCUAGAGGAUACAGACAAGACUCCCGUCGUCGGUCCUGACGAUUGGAGACAGUCUGCUGAGCGUAUGGAGGAUCCCUUCGAUGGAAGCCCCAUGCCAGAUGCACUUCCACCUCGUAUCGGCCGCACAGAACACACUCGAUCUGACUCGUCAACUUCGGAUCACCGCCCCCUGCCUCCUCUUCCCGGCAUGGGCUCACCCGCCCGUGGUUCGCCCGCCUUCAGUGACUCCCGAUCUUCUCCUGGCCUGUCCGCGACAGCAGAGAGAAUGGUGGGCGCCCACCGUAGCUUGCCACCGCCCCCCCCGGCAGCUGCCAGCAAGAACGAGAUCCAGAGCAUCGGCAACGGCAAGAUGACUCUCGAAGAGAGACUGAAGCUUAUGAUGCUCUCAGACGACCACAAGUCUGCCAACGAGCAGCAGAGAGAGCGUCGCCUUCGUCGCGGUGCUCAGCGCGAUAGAAUCCAGAGCCCCGCUUCCGACACUGAGACAGCCGAGUCCAGCAUGCUUUCCGCUGAUGCAGAUGAGGCUGAUGAUACCAUUGGAGAUAUAUCUGCCCUCGAGGACUACGAGUUGCCUAGCCGUAUCUCCCGUGAGUCCAUCAUGCGUCGCGUCAAUGGUGGCGCCAAUGACCAAGGAGGUGACUACUUCUCCUCGCCUGCGCCUAGCUCCAGCCCCGAGCGACCCAGCCCUGAGCGUCGUCUGCCCCUGCCCCUUGACCCGGAUGUCCCAAUUCCUUCAACUGAAGACUCCAUCCUGGAUGACAUCUCCGAGCUUAGCGACGAGGGUAGUGUCAUUAUCCACAGAGAUGAGGCCUCUGAUGUCGACACCGAGUCAAUCACAGACUUCUACGCGCGGUCUGACAUUGACGAGAACGAUGCCGAUUCUGCUAGCCAUUACUCUGACGGACCGGCUCGCCAGCCCGAGGUCACUCAGGUCGACGAGGACAUCCUCACACCUCGUGCUGCUAGCCCCUUCCAGACAUUUGACUUGGCCUCAGAGAUAAGACCCCUGGAGCUCAAGUCCGACAAGGGUUUCAGCUCGCCCGAGCAACGCGCUGUCUCUCCGGCUGACCCCCCAGUCAGGGAGCUGACACCCGAGACAAACGUUGAAGAGGAUAUCGAGCCUACAAGCGAGCCUCAGGAUGAGGUUGUUGAACAGCCUCAGCCCGAACCCGAGGUCGAGAAGGAGCCGUCGCCAGAGAUGACAGUCGAUGCACCUGUCGACACUGCCUCUGAUCGCAAGCACAGCCUCCCCGAAUUCCACGACGAGGGCAGGGACAACGAGUUCUCCAAGGGCUUGCAGUCGUUCAUGCUUCCUCCGCCUCCGGAGCCUUCUGCCGAGGAAGUCGAGGAGCUUCAGCCCCCGCCAAAGAUGACGGAGCUUCAGGCUGAAAUGCAGCGCCCCGUGACCCCGAAGCAUCUCUCCAAGCCUGAUUACGACGGCUCCGGCUGGGGUGAUCCAGAGGAUGAAGAGUAUGAGGAGGAGCCUGGUACGCCCGAGUCUGUCAUUCAUCGACCCAUGUCCGAUUCUGAAUCAGAAAUCUUCGACGAGCUGCCCAUGGAAUCUCCUGCUAUUCCGGAGAGGCAGGCGACAAUCAAGGCAUCUGGAUCGAAGUUGAAGACCAGACCUUCCAACACACCCUCUGACAUCAUUGCCAUGAGGGAAGCCCGGCGCCAAGUUAGUCGCGAGGUGCCCGACAUUCCAGCCAUUCCUGAACGCCACCGCAACAGGCUGUCAAGGGAUCUGCAGGGAGAGCCAACUAUCCACGACGACGAAGAAUUCGUGGACCGCCGCUCGAGCUUCAAGAAGCGCAGUCUCACAUUGGAUCUUGACUUUGGCCUCAGCCUUGACCAAGAUUUCGAUCGUGUCAUUGAACAACAAAAGGUUGCUUUUUCUCAACUAGUCCCCAAAUCUCGCAUCGCAAGUGGCAGCACCAGCAGACAAGUGUCCAAGCCGACCGCGACCAUGAAUAAAAUCAUUUCACCAGACAGGAAAGAGUCACAGAAUGCUAACCAGAAGAACCAGCGCGGAUACCUCAUGCGCCAGAACACCAAAGUUGUUACAGCGAGCGACAAAGAGUCUUCUGACAUGUGGAAGACUCGAUCUGCUGGCAACUCCCCCGUUAAGACAGACCGCCCUCAGUCAUGGACCGUCGAGCCCUGGAACGGUAGGCCCAGACAGAAGAGCAUCAGACGCCGCGCCAACACAAGUGGUCCUGUGCCGCCUAUGCCUGGCCAGGAGAGCAAUGCUCAAACUCUUAACCCCCUGGCUGAAGAGGACUUGAACCCGGAGCUUGCGACCGAGGAAAGCGGCGAACGUGGCCGCCUCUUCGUCAAGGUUCUUGGAGUCAAGGAUCUCGACCUGCCCAUUCCCCGAACUGAGCGUACCUGGUUCAGCCUGACGCUUGACAAUGGUGUCCAUUGUGUCACAACCGCCUGGCUUGAGCUUGCUCGCAACGCUCCCGUCGGCCAGGAGUUUGAACUUGUGGUUCCCAACGACCUGGAGUUCCAGCUGACCCUCAACGUGAAGCUGGAGAAGCCCGCGCCUGCCAAGAAGGCGAUCGUGCAGUCUCCUACUAAGGCUAGCAAGCCCAAGACGUCUACCUUUAGCAGGGUGUUCGCGUCUCCCAAGAAGCGGAAGGAGAUGGAGUUGCGCCAGCGCGAAGAGGAGGAGCGUGUAGCCGCCGAGCAGCAAAAGGCUGCUCAGGCCAGACAGAUGAAGGUCGCGCCUACCGCCUGGGACUUGUUGUCUCCACUCGCGGCUGAGGAUGGUAGCUUUGCUCGUUCGUACGUGUGCCUCAAAGAGCACGAGUCGCGCUGUUACGGUCGCCCCUAUGUCGUUGACGUGGCUUGCUUCAACGAGUGGGCGACUGAAGAGGCUACCUUCGCCUCCAGCGUCAAGAGCAAGCGUGGUAAUACUGCUGUUGUCCGCCGCGCCCCCUACAAGAUUGGAAAGUUGGAGCUACAGUUGCUCUUUGUGCCCCGUCCCAAGGGAUCCACCGAGGAGGACAUGCCCAAGAGCAUGAACUCUUGUAUCCGAGAGCUUAAGGCUGCGGAGGAGCGCCUUGCUAAGAACUGGGAAGGUCACCUGAGCCAACAGGGUGGCGACUGCCCUUACUGGCGUCGACGAUACUUCAAGCUUGUUGGCCAGAAGCUCACGGCCUACCACGAGGCUACCCGUCAACCCCGAGCUACUAUCAACCUGGCUAAUGCCAAGAGGCUGAUUGACGACCGGCGUGCCCUGACGGAGCGAGAGACGACCGGCAAGGGCGGCAGACGUCGGCGAUCAGCCUUCGCCGAGGAAGAAGAAGGAUACAUGUUUGUCGAGGAGGGUUUCCGCAUCCGCUUCAACAACGGCGAGACCAUUGACUUCUACGCCGACACAGCCGAGGACAAGCAGGGCUGGCUGUUGGCUCUGACGGACCUCAUUGGUACCGGUCGCGGCGACAGCGAGGACGAUGUUGGUGGUUCUCGCAAGCAGGGCAAGUGGUGCGAGCUCAUCCUCAAGAGAGAGGAGGCGCUGCGACGGCGGCAAGAGGGCCGACGGGUGCACUCGCGUACGAAGAGCACAUUCAACUAA